AUAAUGAAAAUAAUGUCUCAAGUUGAGACAAGCUAAACAAAAAGUUUGCUUUAUUGUUGUACAAAAAGUGUAUUAUUAAUUCUAUCCACCUUUCAUUGUAAAAUAUAUUUAAAUAUAUUGUUUAACAAAUAAAUAAACAAUAAUAAUUAAAAAAAAAAAUAUGAAUUGGAUUAAAAUAUCAUUGUUAUUGUGUUCAUUUGGUUUUCUCAAAGAAUUUCGUCCAGGUGAAGCUUUCAUCACCGAGUAUUUAACAAGCUGGAAAAAUUUAACAAGCACACAAGUAAUUGAAGAUGUCUAUCCACUUGCUACAUAUAGUAAUUUGAUAAACACAAUUGUCAUGUUAUUGUUGACUGAUUUUUUACGUUACAAGCCAAUAAUAAUAUUAUGUGGAUUAUCUGGUAUAAUAAUAUAUUUAUUAUUAACAUUUACAAAUCAAUUAAUAACAAUGAAAUUAUUUGAAUUUGGUUUUGGAUUAUAUUUAUCAACUGAUAUUGCUUACUACACGUAUAUUUAUGCUAAAGUUGAACGAGAACAUUAUCAAAAAGUAUCAAGUUACACACGAUCAGCAUUUCUUUUUGGUCGUUUUAUAUCAAGUUCCUUAUCACAAACAUUGAUUACAUUUAAUCUACUGAAUUAUCAUCAACUUAAUUACUUAACUAUUGGAGGUCAAAUUGCAGCAACAAUAUCAGCAUUAUUACUACCAAAUGUUGAACAAUCAAUAUAUUUUCAUCCUAAAUUAGAUGUUCCAUUGACAAAUAGAUAUGAUAAAAUUAAAAAAGCAUAUCAAAUGUUGUGGAAUGAUUUUAUAAAAGCAUUUACAAAUCGACAUGUGUUGAAGUGGUCUUUAUGGUGGGCAGCUGCUAAUUGUGGCUAUGUACAGGUAUUAAUUUACAGUCAAGCAUUAUGGCAAACUGCUGUUAAAAAUGAUCAACAACUUUACAAUGGUCUUGUUGAAGCACUGUACUCAAUAAUUGGUGCUAUUGCUGUAUUUUUUGUUGGAAUGUUAAAGUUAAACUGGAGCUCAGUUGGUGAAAUAAUACUUGCAUUAUUUACGUGGAUUGAAUCAAUUAUAUUAUUUGUCAUUUCUAGUAAUUACAAUUUGUGGUUUUUAUAUGUUUUAUAUAUUAUUUUUGGUGUUAUUUAUCAUGCAAUUGCUACUAUUGCCAGUUCUGAAGUUGCUAAAAAAAUAUCAAGAGAUAGUUAUGGAUUAAUUUUUGGUAUUGUUUUGAUUAUUUCGUUGGCUAUGGAAAGUAUAUUGACAUUUUUUAUAGCAACUGGUAAUGUCUUUGAAUUAAACAUCAGGCAACAGUUUACAAUUUAUGCUGGAUAUUUUGGAGUAUUUGCAAUGAUAUUUACUAUAAUUUCAAUAUUUAAAAUAAUUAAAAAAAUUAAAAAUGGUGAAGAGAUUAAAAUAUGGAUUGAUAAUGAUACAAAUUAAUUUUUUGUUUUAUUAUUUUACUAUUAAAUGAAAAUUUAAAUGCAUUAUGCUUUUAUGUGGCCUCGGAAUUCUUACAAAAGGAUUUAUCCAGAAUCAUUAAAAAUUCGUUGACGUAAUUAUUGGCCUUGAAAAAAUAUUAAAAAUAUAUCAACUCAACUGAAUUUUGCAUUUAAAUGCGACAAGCUUUUUUCUAUGAAUUUAUUGCACUCCACCGAUGUAUAUAUAUUAAUUUAAAAAAUAAAUAAAUUUUUUUUCAAUAUGCUGUUGCUCACAGGGUCUGUGAACAGAGUGAAUAUUCAACUUUUCUGGAUUCUGGAAGAUCAAUGAUAAUUGUCAUUUUUAUAAUAGAAAAAUUUCACGAGUAUAAAUCUUGAAAAUUAAAAUUUUUCUUGCGCUUUAAUGAUAAAUUUAUUUGUUAAAUAAAAUAAAUAAAUUGGACAAUUAUUUUGGGGUAAAAAUUGUAUAUUUAUUAUAUCAUUUUUUAAAACAUAUUUUUACAAGAAACAUAAUUAUAUCAAUCUAUAACAUGUAAAUUAAAAUUGCAGAAAUUAUGUCUUUUUUAAGAUUGAGUGAUUAUUUAUUAGUAAUUUUAUAUUUUUUAUAUGGUUAUCUAAAAUAAAACAUUUAUGUAAAUAUAUUUAUUGCAUUACACUGAACUAUUUUGUUUUAAAUUAAAAAUAAUUAUUAAUUAUCAACAACAAGCUUCUUUCUUUGAUAAAGUUAUUAUUAAUUUUUUUUUCAAGAAUAAAUUACAAUUCUCAAAAUAUAUUUUUCGUUUUAAUAUGAGCAUAUAUUAUUUGAUUCUAUAUAUUUAUCUAUCAACUAUCAAAAAAAAAAAGGGCAGUUGAAUUUCUAAAAUAUUUCUUAAAUAUAUAUAUCCAACAAAAUAUUAUUAUCAAAUUUUUUUCAUAGAAAAAAUAUAUAACUCAAUAUUAUUAAUUUCAAAAAGAAAAUUAUUAUUCUCUACGUAUUAAUUCAAUACAAAAAUAUCUUCUUUCAUCAUCAUUAACAAGUACCUGUUGUUUAAAAAUUUCAACAAUAUGAUAGCAAUUAUUACGAAUUAAUAAACAUUUGUACUGUUUAAUAGCAUGAUUUAAAAAAAUAUUUCUCAAAUCUCCCAUAUCCGAAUGAUUAAUAAAUGUCUUAAUCAACAAUAUAUCAUUUGUAUUAAUCAAUGCAUUAAUUAAACUCAUUGUAUAAUUAUUAUCAAUAUACAUACUAUUUUUAAUAUCAUUUGUAUAAUAUUUAAUUAUUGUAAAUGCCAAUUUACGACAUUUUUUUUUUUUAAUAAAUAAUUCAUAAUCAUCACUUAAUAUAUUAAAUAAUGUCAUUAAUAUAUUAAUUAUAAUUGAAUCUUGUAACUUGUGAUUAUUAAGCUUAAUUAAAUCAUUAAUAUUAAAAUUAUUAAAAUCAUUCCAUGGCCAUAUUAAUAAUGAUAUUAUUAAAUUAAUAUCAAUUGUUGAAUUGUAUGAUAAUUUAUAACAGUCUUGGCGUCUCAAUUUUUGUAAAAAAAAAAUAGUCAUUAUUAAUUUUUGUCCAUUUGAAUCAUCAUCAUUUGAUUCAAUUGUUUUAAUACACAUUAUAUUAUCAAUUGAACGAUUAAUAUUAUUUAUCUUUUCUUGACAAUUUAAUAUUGACCAAAAAUAAUUUAUACCCUGAUAAUGACGAUGUGAUAAACAUAAAAAAAACAUAUAUGUAUUUAUUGAUUUUUCUUUGAUAAAUAUACGUUUCCAAUCACUCAAAUGUGCAUAUUUUAAUAAUACAUCAUUUAUAUUAUAUUUUAGCUGAUUUUGUAAACGUUGUAUAUGCCAAAAUAAUAUACGAUAAAAACUA